GCCUGGCAGCGGUCGGGAAGGGAGGCCGGCUGGUGACCAGAGAGCCCCGAGGCGCCUGGGGCCGUGUGGAGAGCCCGGAAGAUUGCAGCCAUGCCUCACAGCUCGGACAGCAGCGACUCCAGCUUCAGCCGCUCUCCUCCCCCGGGCAAACAGGACCCAUCCGAUGAUGUGAGAAAAGUUCAGAGAAGGGAGAAAAACCGCAUUGCUGCCCAGAAGAGCCGACAGAGGCAGACACAGAAGGCUGACACCUUGCACUUGGAGAGUGAAGACCUAGAGAAACAGAACGCGGCUCUGCGCAAGGAGAUCAAGCAGCUCACAGAAGAGUUGAAGUAUUUCACAUCAGUGCUGAGCAGCCAUGAGCCCCUGUGUUCGGUGCUGGCCGCCAGCACGCCCUCGCCCCCCGACAUGGUGUACAGCGCCCACGCCUUCCACCAGCCUCACGUGAGCUCGCCUCGCUUCCAGCCCUGA